GCCCAGCCAAAAAAUAAAACAAUCGCCCAAAAUUAGAACUCUAAAGCACAGACCGCGUUUCCACUUCUGCGGGGAUAGUUAAUUGGCAUCGGUCGCGUGUCCAGUCUCCCUUCACCAGAAUCGGUAAUCGGCAUUAGACUGCGCCCUGUGUGACUGUUCGCUGGUCGGCUGUCGGACGGUUGCGCACGGUGGCUGAGCACCCCUUAGCCUCUAGCCGCUGCCUACUAGUGCUACACGACAACCUCUAGCCCUCGGAUGCACGAUUGCGCCAUUUCUGCUCUUGGCCUCUAAAUCCACCCCUGAACCCAUUCUAAGCGGAAGCCAAAUAUGACAUCACUCUAUUAUGUUUGCACCAUUUCAAAGGCUCCAUUUCUUCAUCUUCAUGGCUGCGGAAAGUCUCUGUUCCCUUCAUCGCACAGCAAAAUCUCCUCAUUUCGCUCUCACCCUAGCUUGUGCAAGGUUGGUGUCAGAUGCAGUUAUUCAGGCAAUGACAUCAAAGGCAAUCUGAAUACAGCGGCCAUUGAUAUUGUGGCUGAUGUGAAGAGUGAACGAAUUGUAGUAUUGGGAGGUAGUGGCUUUGUUGGCUCUGCAAUUUGCAAAGCUGCAGUGUCCAAGGGCGUUGAGGUUAUAAGUCUGAGCAGAUCAGGGCGUCCGUCUUACUCUGAUUCAUGGCUAGAUCAAGUGACUUGGAUUUCAGGGGAUGUUUUCCAUGCAAAUUGGGAUGAUUUUCUUGGUGGGGCAACAGCAGUUGUUUCAGCGCUUGGAGGUUUUGGAAGUGAGGAACAGAUGCUAAGGAUUAACGGUGAGGCGAAUGUUGUGGCUGUUCGUGCCGCAAAAGAUUAUGGGGUUCCAAAGUUCAUCUUGAUCUCAGUCCAUGAUUAUAAUAUCCCGUCCUUUUUAAAAACAUCGGGUUACUUCACUGGAAAGAAGAAAGCUGAAGCAGAGGUCCUCUCCAAAUAUCCAAACUCAGGUGUGGUCCUUAGACCAGGCUUCAUAUAUGGGAAGAGGAGGGUAGCCAAUGGGUUUGAGAUUCCACUGGAUUUGAUAGGGGAGCCAAUGGAGAGGUUCCUGAGUAUGGUGGGGGAGUAUACCAGGCCUCUGAGCUCCAUUCCCACCUCUGAUCUGCUGCUAGCCCCUCCCAUCAGUGUGGAUGACGUCGCUUCUGCAGCCGUUAAUGCCGUCACUGAUGAUGAAUGCUUUGGGGUUUUCACCAUUGAACAAAUCAAGGAAGCCGCUGCUGGAACCAAGGUCUGAAAUCAUCAGCAUCAUCAUACGAUAAUUCCUCCUACCGGGGAUAAAGAAUCUCUAUAUAUGGAUGUAUGCUGCCUAUAAGUGUAACUAAAUUUGUUUUUGUUGUGACCUCUUGUUUCUUUGACUAAUUAUACAGUUUCUUUGUAAUGUUUUUUCGCUUAUUCUAGUGUAUAAUUGAAUGUGCCGCUAAAAUUACCAUGCUGAAAAAAAUUGAAGAAAAGAACUACACUACCCGAAAAGUAUAGUAAUC